UCAUGCGCCAUGACGGAGAGGAUGUGAGAGUGGCUGAAGAAGCCGUCCGAUUGCUUUGGAAAAUUGGUGCUUUGUAGACAAUCCACUAAGCCCCACGACGCAAUGUAAUCGACUGGAAGGUGUCAGAUAUUUUUUUUCUGCUUCGAGUCGUUUGGGUGCACGUUGAAACGUCGAGGCCUGCUUUGUUAGCCUAGCCUAGUUUAGCAGCUAACAAAGAGAAACAACGCGCCUGGGAUAAACACGUCGCCCAGCAAGCAAACAUCAAGUCCCAAAAUGUCAGGCGAAUGUCAGUCAACCGCAUCGUCCUGAACGCCAGGAGUGUCCUCGCAUGGAGGAAGAGUCGCCAUACAUCAAGAAGGUGGAGGAAGAAUUCAUCCCCAUUAAAGAGGAGCAGGAGUAUUUCAUUCGAGUGGUGAACCCCCACAUUGAGGAGCAACAGCAACCUCAUCUCUACAAAAAGGAGGAGAAGCACCCUGGAUAUGUUAAAGUGGAGGUGGUGGACAUCCCCAACUGGACUGAUGAGCCCUUGAAGGGUGAAGAUGGCGGUGUGAGUGAGGAGCCUCAGAAUGGCAGCAACAGCAGUUCAAAAGAAGGAUCCCAAGCAGACAACCUCAUCGCUCGACCAUCAGAGAGUGACGAUUUCACAUCACACUCCCUGUUCUGUUUCAGCAAAUAUCUUGGUCCUAACGCUCAACAGCUAAAGAGAGAAGUACAACUUCCAAUCAAAAAGGAGGAGGUAGAGCUGCCAUACUAUAAAGAGGAGGGCAAUAUCACAAUUUCGACUGGUGAGCCCUUGAAUAGCGAGGAUGGUCCGAGUGAGGCCAGCAGAGGGACGGAGCCUCCAAGCAGCAGCUCAACAGAAGGAUCACAAGCACACAUUUUCAUCGCACCAUCAGAUAGAAAUGGCGCCACGUCACACUCACCUUACAAAGAUGAUGGUCAUAAGAAAACUCACCAUGGGAAAACCUUUGCUAAUAACUAUAGUUGUCGUAUGCAUAUGAGGAGCCACACUGGUGAAAAUCCUCUUGUCUGCUCAGUUUGUGGUAAAAAAUUCACUCAGAAGAGCAACUUAGACGGACACAAAAGAACCCACACUAGUGAAAAACCUUUUUCCUGUUCAGUUUGUGGUCGAGGUUUCGCUAAAAAGCGGAACUUACAAUUACACAUAAGAAUGCACACCGGAGAAAAACCUUUUUCCUGCUCAGUUUGUGGUCGAGGAUUUACUCAAAUUCCCCAAUUACAAAUACACAUAAGAAUGCACACCGGAGAAAAACCUUUUUCCUGCUCAGUUUGUGGUCGAGGAUUUACUCAAAUUUCCCACUUACAAACACACACAAGAACCCACACUGGUGAAAAACCUUUUUCCUGCUCAGUUUGUGGUCAAAGAUUCACUCAAAUUCAGCACUUAAAACAACACAGAAGAACCCACACUGGUGAAAAACCUUUUUCCUGCUCAGUUUGCGGUCAAGGAUUCAGUCAGAAGUGUACAUUAAAAGUACACACAAGAACCCACACUGGUGAUAAACCUUUUUCCUGCUCAGUUUGUGGUCAAGGAUUCAGUCAUAAGAGUUCCUUAAAAGUACACACAACAACCCACACUGGCGAAAAAUCUUUUUCCUGCUCAGAUUGUGGGAAAGUAUUCAGUUAUAAGAGUACCUUAAACAGACACACAAGAACCCACACUGGAGAAAAACCUUUUUCCUGUUCAGUUUGUGGUCAAAAAUUCGCUCACAAGUAUCUGAUUAAGAGACACGUAAAAGUACACACAAGAGCCCACAGUAAUGAUAAACCUUUUUCCUGCUCAGUUUGUGGUCAAGGAUUCAGUCAUAAGAGUUCCUUAAAAGUACACACAACAACCCACACUGGCGAAAAAUCUUUUUCCUGCUCAGAUUGUGGGAAAGUAUUCAGUUAUAAGAGUACCUUAAACAGACACACAAGAACCCACACUGGAGAAAAACCUUUUUCCUGUUCAGUUUGUGGUCAAAAAUUCGCUCAAAAGUAUCUGAUUAAGAGACACGUGUGUAUUGGUGUAAGAAGCAGUAGACAAUGACUGUUUUGCCUGUCAUCCACGCUGCCUUCAUCAGAUCUGCACGCAGGUCAAUUGUAGUCUGUAGAGUUUCCUCAAAUCCUGUUGAGGGUUGGCAGUAUCGGUGCCUUACAUGCGCUGUGUCCAAUCCUUGUAUGAUGUGGAUCCACAGUAUUGCCAAAGGUAUUGCCUCAUCUGAUUUAACUCUCGAGUGGCAUUAUUUAUACAAUACUCUCCCUCUUUCAAACUACACUUUCCACAGCUAAUAUUUGAAACCGUAGACCGCGAAUUCUAAAUCAUUUAUCAAUAAUAUAAUUGCAUAAAUCUGGAAAAUUAUGAUUGGCUCAGAAGUAUUGUUUUUUUUUUUUUGGAGAUGGGUAUUUAUACAUAGUUUUAAAAGUUACUACUUUUGAUUGACAUUGACAUAUUACGACAGAGUAUUGGGGCCAAAUAAAGGGAGGGGGGGAAAUGACUGCGAGAUUAAAGUUGUACUCUUACUACAAGAAAAAAAGUCGUAUUAUUACAUAGGGGUAAUGUAGCUGAAUAAGGGGCUACGCACUUAAUGUACAUGUUCCUUAGCUGGGAGCUCCGACAAAGCAUCAGUAAAAUCCUUCCAUUGAUUAUACUUUGAUGUAGAUGAGCUAAAAGAUAACAGAUUUCCUUAUUUUGGAAGCUGAUUCUUAAACACAGCCUCACGAGAUGCUUUCAUUAUCGUUGACUUUAGUGGAGGCGGCAAAGUGCAACAGAAAGUACGUGGUAAGUACGCUUAUUCAGCUACAUUACCCCAACGUAACAGGAUGACUUUUUUUUCCCUUCUAGUAACAGUACGACUAUAAUCUCGUAGUCCUCUUCUCUUUAUUUUGGACUAAUAUUUUGUCGUACAAAUUGGACAAUGAUGAUUAAAAUUGUUUGAGCUUUUAAUCGUUCCGGCCUCCGUUGAUGAAAAUCUCUUGACUCUGCUUCGAAUUUCAAAGUGCUUGUACUUCAUUGUGCUUGUUAAUUUUAUUCAUUCCUAUCCUCCUCUUCCCUUUCUUCAGAACAAGCCUAAUUAUAAUUAUAAUAACUUAAAACUAGGGUUGUAACUAAAACUGAUACUUCAUUAUCAAAUUGAUUCUAAGAUUCAGAAAAUGUGACGGGACUGCCUUUUCUGCAAUACCCGAAGUAUCGCCGUUACCGACGCGGCAGAGCUGGCCGCUUUUUUUGUGUGGCAUACGCGGAUGCAGAAGUUAAUGAUGGCCAAAUAAAGCCUCAUGAAGCAAUGAAGCUUUGCAGCCAAUUGGUUUGCACAUGCAGCAAAGCUUCAUGGUGCUUCAUUUACUCUAUGGUGCCAUCAAGUGGUCUAGAAGCCCAAGAGGGCAACAGUGUUAAGAAUUCAAUGGCUAUUUGUUUAACACAAAGAUAUGAAUGUGCUUGUGUUAGUAAUUUAGUAUGUGAACAAAAUACAACAAGUGCUAAGGAUAAUUUGUUAUUCAUUUUUAUUUAGAAAUAAUAGUUUUGCAACAGUGGCUGGCUUUAAACGGUUUCUUUUUUUGGACAAUAUUUCACCAGCUUUAGAAAAUGUUCUUUCACAAGGCACAGAUGAAGCUGGGGUGCAGAGUAAUGCGAGUGCCAGAUUAUAUAAAUUUGGGUAGGUAUUUUUAUGUGUCUCCCAGUACACUAAUGGAUUGUCCAUUCUGUCGAUGUUUGGUUCAGAUAGGUACUUUUGGACCUCCAGGGUUGCAUCAGCUAUGGUGUUUGGGACCCUGGUCAUCUGAACUGUGUCAUCCAAGCAUUGCCACAGUUUGAUCCCUAUGAUAGACAAACAGGCUGCCAGCGACAUACAAGGCAUACAGCAAUACAAGUAAUGUGUACUAUUACCUUGAAACACCGGCAGAGCUGCUUCUGAUAUCUGCGCAUGUGAAAAAGUGGAGGUUGAGUUGCAUUUUCUCAUGACAGCAUCACAUUCUGCGGCAAGUCUUUUUUUUUUUUUUGCAUCAGAUGCUUUGUUGGGGUUGAAAAAGCCUAUCUUUUUAAAUCGUGGCUCAAGUAGUGUUGUGAGUGACGUGAUGCUCAUAAAUUGAAAUGUGUUGAGCUUCUCUCUUAAAGGUCUUCUCAGAUUUUCAGCCAAUCCUGUUGUAUCUGGAGUUUGAAGAGAUCCCAGUUGCUGCAGUUCCAAUGCAUGGUGUAACGUUGCUAAAAGUGGAAUGACCUUUGAUCCAGAUACUUUUCUCCUCUAACAGCUCCACUGUGGCAUCAUUAAAAGGGGCGAGUACCUUCAGACUUUCAGCAACAACUGAGUACUCUUGUGAGGAAAUUGGAGUCAUGUCAGUGCGCAGGCCUGCAAACGCUGCUCCAAUUGGUUCCCUCAGGUCAUAAAUUCAUUGAGGCAUUAAAAAGGUGCUGUUCCAUCUCGUCUCAACUUCUUGUAUUAGCUCUAGUGCUGGCUGGCCCAUUUGCUCUUGCACUUGUGUCAGCCGCUCCUGCAGUAAAGUGGCAAAUUCAAGUGUCAUUGCAGCAGCAACUUUCAAUUACGUUGAAUUUAGAACAUAUCAAUGAAACUCACCUUUGCAGUACUGCUGCUCUUGAAGUAGCCUACUGUUUUUUGGGACUUCUCCCUAAUUUCACUCAGCACACAGUUUUGGGCAAGGGCCUUUUUUUAUCAGGAGAUUCAUAGUGUGCGCCACACAAACUGUGUGUCAGAUAUGAAGCUCCCUCACACAGGCACCCAUAUUUGCUGCACCAUCUGUUACAAGGCAGGUAACUUUGUCAGUGAUGCUCCAGUCAGACAUGAGUGCAGUUUGUGCUCGAGCAAGAUUUUCAGCAGUAUGUGCCUCGGGGAAAUGGUCUACCCCCAAAACAAUACUGUGCAAUGAUGUUUGUUCAUCAAUAAAAUGGCAGGUCGCAGCUAGAUAUGAGUCUAUGUUCAUGGAUGUCCACAUAUCUGCUGUAAGGCUAACUGCAGAAGCCUUUGACACCAUUUAUUCGGCCAGCUUAUACCUGUCGUCCACCAUAGCUUUCAAAGCCUAAAAGGGAACAAUAUAAAACUAUUGGAAUUGCAAAUAUGGGGAAAUGAGAAGAAAUACUUUAUGUGUUCACAUACAUGUCUUCCUUGUGGGAAGAACAUAGGUAGGGUGCAAAGCUGUAACAAACUUUCUGAAAAUAUUGCACUAGUUGCAUUGUUGCGCACAGGUGUAACAAGUACAGGAGCACGAAAUUCACAAAAUGUGAGAUAACAGGCGAUCGCCACUGCGUUUUCGCAACCAAUUUAUACCGUAGUCUGUACUGUUUGCAAUGCACGCCGAACAUCGGACCACUCCCGAAGCAUACAAGAGAAUCAGCCGGCGGGCGAGGCUUCACAUGCCAUUAUAUCCUGGUUUUGCCGAAAUGACGCGCGCCUCAAUACAAGCUUUGUGGAAACGCCCCUUCCAUUACUCGACACAAGCUUCGGAGCCUCGGCCCAUUUCGUCCCAUCACUAGUGUUAUGUUAACCCUUUGUUUUUCUUAGCAGUGACCACCUGGAAUGAGUGGUUUUGUCAACUGCUGUUUAAUUCAGAUCCCUUUUUCCCUGUGUAGUCAGGUCACCCUGUUUAAUGAAGUUUCUAUUUUGGUCAAGUUUCCCUUUUAAUUCACUCAAGUUGUUUUAAAGAAUUUAACUGAACCGAACUUGGUUAUUUUCCUUUUUUGCUUUUUUCUUGGUUGGGGGUAUUUUCACAUUUGAGUUGUUUGCAGUGAUUUAGUUUUUUUUUUUUCCCAAAUAUAUACUCAACACUUUUAAGAAGUUUUGAAUAAAGCGUGUUUUAGUAAUGAUUGUUAAAUUUACUCAAUUAAAUAAAUUGUUCAUUGUUGCCACCACCUCUACUGCUUCAUUAUUUUUGCCAGGCCUGUAUUUUAUUGUUACCAAGGGGCUUGCCUUGCCCGGUUACACAUGUUUUUCUGCCAUUGAAAAUGAAGGGGAAAUUUUGGCUAUUAUAGACGAAUAGAACGACGUACAUGCCAAUGAUUUGUGUGAAUUGGAUAAGAAUUGUAAAGACUAGAUACAUUUAGGAAAAAAAUGUUUUGGGGGUUCUUCGAAACAUUCCCUGCGUCACACGAGAAUUCCGGUUAUAUCGGUAUUUGAACGGUGUCGAUGGGCCAACACGCUUGGGCUUUGCGGUGCGCCGAAUAAACACCAUCAAAAAAAAGGAAUAACAUAGGUUGCGUUUGCAUUACAUGCAAAGCAACCAUCACUGGUCAUUGUGAAAUGAGGCCCGUCCAUUUCACAUUGGACGAUGAAAAGUAAACUUAAAAGAGUAUGUAGCGGCAAAGGGGGUGUGAGACAUCAAUAGAACCGUUAUGUGCCAAGAUAACAAAUAUUGGUAAAGUUAACAAAAAAAUCAAUCACAUUAAUGAGCAAUUAUCAAAAAUAGAUCGAAAAUGACGAACAUUUCCGAAAGUGUUCCGGAAACAGCCGAAUGGGGCGGAGACGUCACGACAAGUGAUUGACAGUCGAGGCGGAGCCAGGUGCCAUUGUUUUUUAACGACGAGAGAGUAGCGUUGCGGUUUGUUUGACCAAAACAUCACAAAAAUGGUUCAAAACUGCUGUGCUAUGUGGUGUACAAAUAGUUAUUUAUCGGAAUACAGUAUCCAUGAGUUCCUGAACGCGAAAAAAAAAGCUGGACUACACAGACAAUGGGUAAAGUUCGUCCGUGCAAAGAAGGCUAAUUUUCUAGACACAGCCUCCGGCACUCUUUUCUGUGGUGCACAUUUUCUACCUGAAAGCUUCUCGAACUAUGGACAAGAGAAAUCGGGUUUUGCUAAAAGAUUGCUGCUCAAAGGAGAUGCGGUGCCGACCAUGCAGGUGCAGCCACCUAAAUGCCCCGAGAUAUCAAGAAAGAGGACGAUGACUGGUAAAGGAGGCUAAAGCUAAGCAAAGGAGGGGAGCAGCCAAGCUCGAAAUGGCCAGAGUGAGUACUCUUUUAUAAUAAAAAAAUGUCACGCAUUGGAUACAGGACUGGACACAUGUAUAAAUUAUCGUUCGUAAAAUAUAUAGAACAAAUCCUCUGAUCCCAUUCAUAUUUGUGUCUGUUGGCAGAGCGAAAAGCUAUGAUAGCGCAAUAAAUGAUAAUUAUUCUAUGCAUUCCUUUAUUUUGCAGUCACGGUGUAUCAGCUUCACAAAAAGAAAUGCAAAACAAAUCAUUGGUGUUUCCCCACACGAUCUGCUGCCGAUGUUUCAUCAGUGUCAUUGCUCCCCUCAAUGACCGUUUCAUUACGCUGCAUUGGCGUUCGUUUGGGCUCAAAUUGGUAACCUAAAACCCCGAUUAAAGCUUCGUAACUCUCCUCGUCGCCAUUAGAUGAACAUUCGUUACGUCCUUCUACGUCGGAUUCGUCGCUGAAACUAGAAACGAAAUUGUCUGCCAUCAUCGCCGCCAUUCAGUAUUAAAG